AACCAUGGGGACAUACUGUACGGUCAUAGUUCGCUCGCUGCUCAACAUUCAGAGCUCAUUCGGUCUGCUUGCCUGUACAGCCACGCGAUUUCCUCUGUGAAAGAGCUUUCUCUCUCUGUCGGAACCUGCUUUUGCGACUGUGGUGUUCGCUCUGCCAAUUGACAUUGUAUUUUGCAUACAACCUGGCUCUAGCUAGGAGUGCAACACACACUGGAUGCUCGCAAAACACAGUGAUUUGCCUGUCCCCAUAUUUCAUCAUUAACGAGGUUUGAUCAAACAAAAAGGAGAUAACCAUGUGCCAACCAAGAAGUACAAAGGAUCAAGUCAAGAUACCAAAAGAAGACGAUGUUCCCCCAAGUUUUCUGGCCAAGCAAUGGGUAGGCUUCUACCGUGCAGUUCCAAGAAUAAACUUUCCCUUUACCGACCUGGAUAUUUCAAUUUCCCUCUGCAGUGCAGCUUUCCUCACGGCGGUGCGAUAUACCCUUCAAUUUCUCAUGAGGAUUCUGUUGGACUGGCCCACGGAUGACAUUGUGACCAUUGGAAACCUCGUUGCCAUUGUCCACUCCUCGACUCUGGUUCCAGGUCUGGGUGUGGCACUCACAUCACAGCCAUAUCAGCCCACAACCCACAUCUCGACAUAUCCACAAUGGUGGCAAGAUCUCGUAGACGCAAUCCUGCAGUUCUGUACUGGGUACAUGAUCUACGACACUUGCACAACAUAUCUGAUCUCCAAAGGACCCUUGAAUCUCCAAGGAAAUGACUUUCUUUUCCUGGGACACCAUAUUGCCGCAGCCACCUACAUGACCCAGUGUCGAGUAGUCAAAGCAGGACAUACAUCUGCCAUGAUUUGCAUGUUUUUGGGAGAGUUUUCCAAUCCGUUUCAAAAUGGUACCGAUUCUCUUUUUAAUGCGUUGCAGUUGCCCUGCUGCAAUGGUGCUUUCACACAGCAACUUCAUUCUGUUUUCCGGUUCUUCUUUGCUCUCACCUUUUUUGGGAUUCGAGCCAUUAUUGCUCCGGUCUUCUUGGCCCACGUCACGUACUGUUUGCUAUUUGCAAGCACAAGGAGGAAUAUCCCCUUUGUGAUUCGAAUCUUUUGGAUAUUGAUGAUUUGGGGAGUUGAGGUGGGAGGUUAUGCUUGGAUUGUCAAAUGCUGGUACAUGCUGCAGACAUUUGUUGGGGUUACACCUGCUGGGGAAGUGGGAAACGAACUAUAGAUUCGCAAAACAAGUCAGCUAUAUACUAUUUAGACAAAACACCACUGAAAGGAACAUCACACAAAACAUCAGACACAUUCUGCCUGGAUAUAUAGAAG